CGCUGACGCUGCGCAUCCGCCCGUAGCAGUCACAUGAUCAGAGCCAGCUGUCAAGAUGGCGGCGGACCUGCCUGAUGAGUUCGAUGUGGUCAUCCUGGGCACAGGUCUGCCGGAGUCCAUUGUAGCGUCCGCCUGCUCCAGAGUAGGACAGCGGGUCCUCCAUCUUGAUGCGAGGAAUUAUUAUGGUGGGAACUGGGCCAGUUUCACAUUUUCAGGUUUACAGUCCUGGAUUGAUGAGUACAAGAACAGGGACGCCGCCGCUGAAGAGCCCGUGACAAGUAGGGAACACGUUCUGGAAAACGAAGGGAUCGUUCCACUGAACCGGAGGGACGCCACUAUCCAGAACCUUGAAGUUUUCUCCUAUUCCGAAAGUGAAGACUCUGACCUCGUGGAGGAAGUCGGUGCACUCCGUAUAAAGCCGGAACUCCUGAACACAAACCCUACAGAUGGCGACCGACCUUUGCCGGGUAGCCCCGCCUCUGAGGAGCCUGUGCCCCAAGAGCUGCGGGAUCCGGGGCCUGAAAGCGCCGGACACCAGGACAUGUCCAGUGAAAGCGAUCAAAUCCCCAGUGCCGACAUCACACCGACUUCAGAGAGCGGCGGCACUCCAGACACAGAACCGAACACCGCCAAAGUCUGCCCAACAGAGUCCAAGAAAAGCAUUACCUGCUCGGAUAUUGCGAGAGAAGGACGGAGGUUCAACAUUGAUCUCGUUUCAAAGUUGCUAUACUCUCGGGGACCGCUCAUCGAUCUUCUCAUCAAAUCCAACGUGAGCCGCUACACAGAGUUCAAGAAUGUCACCCGAAUCCUCACCUAUCACGGUGGAGAGAUCGAGCAGGUGCCUUGUUCACGAGCGGACGUUUUCUCCAGCAAGCAGUUGUCUAUGAUAGAGAAGAGGACACUCAUGAAGUUUCUGACCUUCUGCGCCGACUACGACCAGCACAUAGAGGAAUAUCAAGAUCACAAGGAUUCCACCUUUGCGGAGUUUCUGCAGUCCAAGCGCUUAGCGCCCGGUUUGCAGCACUUCGUCCUCUGCUCCAUCGCAAUGGUUUCCCAAGCCGCCGGCACGGUAGACGGGUUGAAGGCGACGCAGCAUUUCUUGCGAUGUCUCGGUCGCUACGGCAACACUCCCUUCCUGUUCCACAUGUACGGCUUGGGAGAGAUUCCGCAGUGCUUCUGCAGGUGAGAGCGCCU